AUGUCUACUUCUCAGGUUAACAUCUAUGUUGAUAUUGGCAGCCCAUUCAGCUGCAUUGCUUUCAAUGCUGUAUCAAAAUCCCCAGCGUUUUCAAACUGCAAGGUCACCUAUGUCCCCGUCGUGCUCAGAGAGGUGAUGCAAAAGGCCAACAAUGUCGGCCCUUUUGUGACGAAGAACAAAUUCCAGUGGAUCCAAAAGGAGCGGAUGUACUGGUCCCGUCGGUUCGGAGCCUCAAUGACUGAGCAGCUUCCAGUGGGGUUCCCCGCCACGACAACCGAUAUCCAGGCUAGAUUGAGCGUCGUUGCAAAAGAGUAUCCGGAUUAUAUGGGUCCACUACUGGAGAAACUGUACCAUAUCUUUUGGGCAAAGGCUGAUACCACGAUUGUGACACCAGCCCAAUUCACCCCUAUCAUCGAGAGUGUACUCGGCGAGAACGCCCAGAAUGUCUUGAGUGUGCCAGAGGAAGAUGCAAAGGCUCUGUUGGAUGCGAAUACGCAGACGGCACAUGAUCUCGGGGCUUUCGGACUGCCGUGGUUCGAAUGUACCAAUGCCUAUGGAGAGAAGGACGGAUUCUGGGGAAUUGAUCAUCUUGGACGGGUUGCUGAGUUCUUUCAGUUGGAUAUAAGUGUGGAUGAGCGGUUUAGUGUUUUAUUGUGA